GGCAACGUCAGCGGUGUGAGGGCGGGACGUCCGGUCGUGUCUCUUCUCUCCCCCUGUUUCCCGUCUCCCAUUGCGGCUCGGCCAAACUUCCGCUGAGCUGUGCUUUGAAGGCCCGGCCCGGUCAGCCGGCGGCGCGGACACCAUGGCUUGGGCUGCGCCCUCUUUGCCCAACGAUAAGUCUCGGUAACGUGAGGUGGCGGUGCUGUCCGCGCUGCUUAUGGUUCUUUCUGUGGCGGCUCCCCGCCAUUUCUGCCGGCUGUGGGUUGGGGACCCCGAGUGGGGAAGGUGGUUAUUAUAAGUGGCCGUUAUUCUCUUGGCGGUGUCGCCGCGCCUGCUGCUCGACGGCUGUGGCAGCCCUUGGAUAAAAACGUAUUUAUAAGUAAUUAGAACCGCGGGAUAACUGUCUGCUGGUAGCCGAGCGACCUGGUUCAAAUUCAUUUUAAUCUAUUAGACCAGUGGUUCCCAACCUUUUUUUGGGCCGUGCCCCACCUAAGCAUCUCUAAAAUCCUGAUGCCUUCCUCUCCCCUCCCGCCCCCGUGACAUAGAAUUCUUGUUAUUCAAAAAGUGAACUCCUAUUCACGUGGAGGAAGCCUAAAAGGCCAUUCACUUGUUAAUAACUCAUUCUCAAAUUGCCCCCCUUAAAAAUCAAAUUGCUCCCCUGUGGGCAUGUGCCCCAUGCUGGGAACCACGGUAUUACACCAAAAGGGUUUUUGUGCAUUAAUUAAUGCGCUUUUUGUAACUGGGGAAGCAAAAUAAUGUUUCGGAACCAAGAGCCGUACUUCCUUCUUAGAUGGUAUACGUGGAAGUAAGCAUCCUCUUAGACCUUUUGCAGAACUGCGGCCUGGCUUUAACACAAGCAUUCAUAUGGAGAUCCUUCCCAAUUAUUAUUAUUAUUUUAUUUUAAGACAUGUAUUUCUAUGGUUUUUAUGCUGUUAAUUUGCUGCAGUUCACUUAAGGAUGUAUUCAUCUUGUGUUAGAGAUGGGCCCCUUUAAGAUGAUGGCUCACACUGGCAAGUUUUAUGGGCAUUUAAAACAAUAUAAGUGGAAUACAUGGAAUAUAUUCUUGCGGUACAGUUCUUGUUCAGAGUGUCCACCCGGCCCAUGUCUAGGAUUCUCUGUUCCAUCCACACUCCUUUAUUUUUAGGGUACACUGCAGUGGCCAUUGAGCAAGCUCAAUCCUAAAUAGGUUGGUUUGAGGUUUCCCCAUUUUUUAAAGACUUCUGUAAACCUUUUAUCCUGUGAACCACCCUGAGACCUGCAGAGAUAAGGUGGUAUACAAAUGAAAUUAAUGAAUUAAUAAUUUAGGUUCCUCUAAUCCUGCCAGUACCACCUUCUUGUAUGUGGAUGGUGCUGUUUUGCUAAUAAGGCUAAGCAUUUAGAUAAUUGAUUGUUAUUUGCUGUAUUGAAUAUAAUGUGUCUACUGCCUGGUUAAACAAGAGAUACAUUUUUAGUUGAUUUAAUUUUGUUGUUACUCAAUUGAUUAGUUAAGUAUUAUAGCCUUUGGGGGUGGCAGCCAAAGCCUUUAGCUCCAUGCUUCACAUUUGCAAUCAAAGUGAAGGGGAAAGUGUAUUUUCUUUAAAAAGUUGAUCAUGCCAUUGUCUGACAGCUGUAACUCCACUUUGGUUGGCUCAAGGCUGGAACUUCAAAGUUGAGUCUCAGGCUGAGUCUUGGGGUGGCGUACAGUACUAAAUAUUCUAAACAUGCACCAGCAGCUUUCAACUUGUGUUGCUUUUCUCUUGGCUUAGGUUCAUCUGCAUAUAUCCUGCCUAUAUAAAUAACAAGAAGACAAUAGCAGAAGGAAGAAGAAUACCACUUGAGAAAGUAAUUAUGGAUUGGGGAGGAGCGGGUCACAUUUAUUUAUUUAAAUAUGUGUAAAACACACUUUCAUUGGAUAUACAAUAUGGGGGUGUUCAACCUAAAAACAUAAUACAGCAGUAAUAAUGUUGGGUAAAAGAAUUGGUAACAUUAAUAAAACUGGUUGGCAAAGAAAUUAUAAAUUUAGUUAUAUACCCUUUUUAUAUAUUGGAGCAAUUAUACUCAGCUUCCACAGCCUGAGCUGUUUAUGUAUGAAAUUAGUUAUAUACAUACCAUGCAUAAAAAUAAUUUGUAGAAAGGUGGAGGAGGGAAUUAAUGAUUGUGUACAUUUUAAAAAUCACCUGUGCCAAAUACCUAAAGGAUUUUCUACUCCCUUCCCAUCAAAGAGCCUUUAUGCUCGCGAUGUUAAAUGCUUUCCUUUCAGCAGAUUCUCACAUACUCCAUAUCAAGCCUGUUUGUGUGUCUGCAACAAAGAAGUACCAGAUUCAAUGGACCACAUUCUCUUAGAUUGCCGUUUACAUAGCAUACCUCGCCAACUGAUGCUGAGUAAAAUGUUGCUUCUCUGGCCCACAACUCCAAGAAGAAAUCAAAUGAGGUUCCUCUUAGCAGAUCGGGGCAAAGAUACCACUGCUCUAGUAGCUUCCUUUUUAGCCACAAUUUUACCCGAAAGGGUUUCCAUCCCUUUGGGAAAUAGCCUGGGUGUAGCAGAACAUCUAAGUGCACACGACCACAGUGUGACCCUAUAACCCUUGACAGCUUCACCCUUUUCUUUUUAAUUAUCCCAGUGAUUUGAAACAGUUUAUGUUGUGAUGCCAAUAAAGGUAUUUGAUUUGACAUUUUAAAAAUUUAUUUACCAGAGACUGAAAGGUCUAUGUCAGCCCCCCCCCCCGCCCUGUAUUCUUAAUAGUUGUGUUUCACCAGCUCAGAACAUUUGGUUCUUGCCACAGUACUUUAAUAUCUCAUGUUGGUGCAAAGUAAUACUUACUGAACUGUUCAUUGAGCAUUUUUUAAACUUUAUACACAAUAAAAGCUUUAUUACUUGGAGUAAUCAACAAUUUUAGCUGCACCUGAUAGUAACUAAAAAUGUCUGACUCUUCUAGGCAGUUGAAAAUCCAACAUCAACAGAAAUUCAAGAUGUAUGUGCAGCAGUUGGACUUAAUGUGCUUUUGGAGGUAAAAAUAUUUAGUUCUCAAUGUAAUUGGAGCAUAUACCACAGGUGUACAUUGUUGGUUUCUAUUUCCCUCACUGAGCAGCAACUGCAGUCACAAGACAUUGUUUUGCAUUCCACAGUCUGUACUGUUGGAGUUUCUCACGGGAAAGGGAGACUGGAUGUGACGUACACUGGUUUCCUGUUUUUUCUCUGUGUGAUUCUCUCCGAGCUGAGAGAGGAGAGAGGAUGCAUUUUCUGCUCCUGCAGAGGCAAGAUGUCUUUCUGUAAUAUACCAGCUUUGAACUGUAAAUAAAGCAAUAAGGAGUAUGCAGCACAUUUUCCUCAUCCUUCCGCUGGGCACGACAGACUCUGCUUUAAAUCAACACGUGGUUAUGGACUCCAGAGGUCGAAUCGGAGUGCCGGCAGAUCGGAAUGCAGAGGGACGGAUCGGAAAGGAAUCUGCUCUGCGCGUAGAAGUGAUUGAUGAGGUAUGUGCUACUGCUCCGGGCAGCCUGCCAGCUUCAAGAUAAUGGCUUUAUGGCUGGACUUUGAACUUUUAAAGCCGGUUUUGCCAGGAAUAGGCAAAAGGCUCCCAGGCACAAGUCACUAUGCUGGGGAAAUCGAAAGUAACUUUUAAGUGUGCCUUUGUAAUGAAGCAGCUGCAGCAGUGACGCAGCAAGAUUUAAAGCAGCAUAUGACGCUGAAGGCUAAUGCCAGAGUCAUGAUGGCCCUUCAGGAUGCUUGUGGGAUUCCUAAGCUCAACAAGAAAAAUUACAGCGACUGGGUUCAGUAUGCAGAGGCAAUUCUGCGGAAAGAGGGUUUGUUUGAGGUGAUUACAGAAACCCCCAGUUCCAGUUACAGAUGCAUGGGAAGCUAAGGAUUCCAAAGCAAGGGAACUCUUACAUUGAUAGUAUCCCCAGAAGAGCUCUGUCUAUUGCGUGAUAAGACCUCAGCCAGAGAAAUUUGGGACGCUCUGAGAGAGGCUCACUUAAGGACAGAAGCUGGAUCCACUAUGUUUUAUUUUAACAAGCUGCAUAAUAUGGCUCUUGCUGAAGGUGGAGAUGUGCGUUUACAUCUAAUGGAGAUGCAAAAUCUGAGACAUGAGCUGCAACAGAGAGGACUCAACUUUCCAGAGGCUGUGUAUUCUUUCAUGAUACUACAAUCUUUGGGUUCAGGUUGGGAGUCUGUUGCAACCCAGAUUGCUGUGCAACCAACUGCUCAGCUGACAGUGGACUUUGUUACUGCCGUGAUUUUAAAUGAAGCAGAUCGCCGGGGUGCUAGCUGCAUGGGCAAGGAGAGUCUUCACAGACGUCAUCCCAUAGUGCAGUGGAACCACCAGAUGGCGCCAAAGCUUUGAAGGCAGUCAAAUGCUACUCGUGUGGACGUCUAGGCCAUAUGAAGAGGAAUGCAGACAUCCCAGGGCCAAGACAGAGCAGCGCAGCGAAGCUCAUCGCGCGGAAAAGGCCGAGGCAAAGGCAAAGGUCCGGUGUCUAGGACAACGCAGCACAAGGCUAUGGUUUCACGCUUCACUCCAAAGGUUGCAGAGGUCCAGAAGACGUCUAGAUCUUUCUUCGUUGUUGAUUCAGCGGCCACCCACCACAUGUGCAACGAUAAGAGACUGUUUGUGUCUUUUACACCGCAGGAAGGUGCGAUUCACCAGGCGGAUGACCACACUAUUCCCAGUAAAGGCUACGGAACUGUUGUUCUUCACAGUUUGGACUUAUCGAUACAGAAUGUGCUUUACGUGCCAGACGCCAAACAUAAUCUGCUCAGCGUUGGACAGCUGAAUGAGCGGAACAUUGACGUUUCCUUCAAGAACAAGAAGUGCAUCAUCACAAAGAAAAAUGAUUAUGUAUUGCAUGCAGAAUAUGUUGAUCAUUUGUUUGUUUUGUAUUAUGAUGAUGUGGUGCAGGAUGACACUUGUUGCAUUGCAGGUUCUAACAAAAGUUUGCAUGCAGAAUGUAUUCACGAUUUUCAUCGCAAAUUUGGUCAUUUGCAUUUUGAGGCAGUAUCUAAAAUGCCUGCCUUGGUUGAAGGUAUGACUAUUAAACCCUGCAGGUACCACAUGAAGUGCAAAGCAUGCGCAGCAAACAAGGUGAAAAUGGCUGCGAAAGGUAAGGUGUCUAGUAGGAAAGCUACAGAACCAUACCAGGUUGUUCAUGCUGAUUUGGUUGGUCCACUAACGCCCUCUUUGGGUGGAAAUAGGUACUUCAUGGUUCUCAUUGAUGCAUUUUCUAGAUAUAUUUUUGUGUACAAUCUCAAGCAGAAAUCGGAGGCUUUUCCUAGGUUCAAGGAAUUCUGUGCUUGGUUGGAAAAUGUGCAUGGUAAGAAGAUAAAGACUCUUUUCAGUGAUCGCGGGGGAAUUCACUUCUCAGCAGUUUGAAGCUUUUCUGACUGAGAAAGGAAUUCAACACGAUUUGUCUAGUCCUCGCUCGCCAUGGCAGAAUGGACUUGCGGAACGGGCAAAUCAGACAUUGCUUCAAGGGUUAAAGACCUUGCUGCAUGAUGCCAAUCUUCCAGAGAGUUAUUGGGCCGAAUCUCUCUCGUGUUUUGUUUACAGUUACAAUCGCAGGUUAUCUUCAGCGAUUGGUUGUACCCCUAUGAGAAGAUGUUUGGCAAGAAGCCAUACAUCAAACACAUGAAGAUUUUGGUUCUGACAUGUGGGUUCGCUCACCACAAAACUCCAAGUUAGACAAGCGUGGAUUGCAUGGUAUCUUUCUAGGUUAUCAGAAAGGGUCUUACAGAAUAAUGAUGACUGACUCUAAGACAAUUAAGCUCACGAGAAGUGUUGAGUACAAUGCACAGUGGGGGGAGAAUGUGGGAAUUUUCCAAUGUUAUCCUGAUGACGGUGAUGAGACUGAGGAUAGUCAAAAGCAACCACAACAACCCACACCCACUGAUGAAGGUUCUGAGUCUGAAUCUGAAACUGAAUCGGGUGAUUCAGAGGAUUUCAAGAGUGCGAAAGCCUCUAUGCGACCCUCUGAAAGCUCUGAUCAAGAAUUGGAGGAACCAUUGUUCACAAUAGGUCGUUUUUCUCCUAAGAAGGAAGAGGAGAGUGUUGAAGACUUAAGGCUAAUUCGUAGGUCACAGAGAGCCACAAAAGGCAAACCUCCAAAGAGAUUUGCUGAUGAGUUUGCUACGAUAGCAGUAACAGCUGUUAAAAGCUCCAAGAAGGUAUUUGAACCUUCAAGUUUCCAAGAAAUCCAGGGUUUGGAUUCAAAGGAAGCUGAGCCAUGGUUAAAUGCCAUGAAGGCUGAGCUUGAUUCCUUAGAAAGGAACAAAACAUGGGAGCUAGUUCCAGUAGUUCCAGGAAUGAAACUGCUUGGAAGCAAAUGGGUCUUCAAAGCGAAGACAGAUCAAAAUGGCAAGAUAGUCAGACACAAAGCCAGAUUGGUAGCCAGAGGUUUUGCACAGGUACCAGGUCAAGACUAUCACGAGACCUAUUCACCCACAGUGAGAUAUGAAAGCAUUAGGCUUAUGCUCAAGCUAGCUGCAGAGGAAAAUCUACACAUUAGUCACCAUGAUAUUAAUACAGCUUUUCUGUACGGAUCUCUAGAUGAAUCACUUUAUAUGCUUCCACCUGAUGGCGUACAGGUAAAACAGGGAUUUGUUUGUGCUCUGAAGAAAUCCCUUUAUGGUCUCAAACAAAGUGCACGGUGUUGGCACACAAAACUCACUGAAGUAUUGUUUUCUCUAGGUUUUCAGCAAGGAAAGCUGAUCCAUGUGUAUUUGUCAAAGAGGAGGGGCAAAAGAAACUGUACUGUUUGUUUUAUGUUGAUGAUUUAUUAUUCUUUUGGAAAGAUGUUGCAAUGUACAAUAGCGCCCUAGCUCAACUGAAAGAGCACUUUGACAUGAAAGAUCUUGGUGAGGUAAACAACUACCUAUCUCUGGAAAUAGAGAGAGAUCAAGAUGGUAACAUUCUAGUACACCAGUCACGGAAAAUUGCUGAUGUGUUAAGCAAACUAAAUCUGAUGGAUGCUAACCCUGUAGACACACCGAUGACAACAGGUUAUCAGGUAGAUGACACUGAAGAAGCAUUUUCUGACACUACACUGUACAGGAGUGUGCUAGGCAAGCUAAACUUCAUUGCCAGAUGUUCAAGACCAGACAUUGCUGUUAGCUGUAAUUUGCUAAGCAGACAAGUCAACAAUCCUAGUGUCAAGGAUUGGAAAGCUCUGAAACGCAUAGCGCGGUAUUUGAAAGGCACUAUGCAUUACAGACUGAGAUUUAACAAUCAGAAGUCUGGUGGUCUUGAGAUAUUUGCAGAUGCAAGUUUUGGAAGUGACGCUACAGACAGGAAAAGUACGUCUGGAGUUUGCUAUAUGUACAAUCAGAGUCUGUUUGAUUGGUCAUGCAAGAAGCAAACAACAGUUAGCUUAAGUACUUGUGAAGCUGAACUGAAUGCACUGUCUUAUUCACUUAAGGAUUGUGAAUGGUUAGUACAAUUGUGCAAAGAUAUGAAAAUUCCUGUCAAAUGUCCAAUCCAGGUUUACCAGGACAACAAAGCAUGUUUGGCUUUGCUGAAGUCUGAAGGUUGUAAGCAAAGCACAAAGCACUUGCAAUUAAAGUUGCAGCAUGCUAGGGAAUGUAUUCAGAAGGGACUCGUAACGGUGUCCUAUACGCCAGGUAAUGAAAUUCCUGCUGAUGUAUUGUCCAAGAUUGUAUCAAGGGAUCAACACUGUACCUAUGUGCAGAAGUUGGAUUUGUACUGAUAUUGUACGAACACGCUGCCCCGUGAUGUUCCCCGAAUGGGGGCGGCUGUUGGUUUCUAUUUCCCUCACUGAGCAGCAACUGCAGUCACAAGACAUUGUUUUGCAUUCCACAGUCUGUACUGUUGGAGUUUCUCACGGGAAAGGGAGACUGGAUGUGACGUACACUGGUUUCCUGUUUUUUCACUGUCUGUGUGAUCCUCUCCGAGCUGAGAGAGGAGAGAGGAUGCAUUUUUCUGCUCCUGCAGAGGCAAGAUGUCUUUCUGUAAUAUACCAGCUUUGAACUGUAAAUAAAGCUAUAUGGAGUAUGCAGCACAUUUUCCUCAUCCUUCCGUUGGGCACGACAGACUCUGCUUUAAAUCAACACACAUGUCUGUCCACUUUAGUUUUAUUUAUGCUUUUAUUGUACUUGCUAGUUGCUUGUCUUUACAAAGAGUAAAAAUAUGUGUACAGUGGUGCCUUGCAAGACAAAAUUAAUUUGUUCCGCGAGUUUUGUCGUCUUGCGAUUUUUUUCGUCUUGCGAAGCACGGUGUCGGGAAAGUUUUGGAAAAGCUUCAAAAAUCACCAGAGUCUUUAAAAACCUCAAAAAAGGCUACCACACCGCGUUCUAUGAGUUGCUCCUCGAAGUCAAGUCGCAACUGUAUUAAUGCUGUUAAGAAAAAGGAAACAAACUUGCAAGACGUUUCCGUCUUGCGAAGCAAGCCCAUAGGGAAAAUCGUCUUGCGAAGCAGCUCAAAAAACCCUUUCGUCUAGCGAGUUUUUUGUCUUGCGAGGCAUUCGUCUUGCGAGGUACCACUGUACUACAAAAUAAGUGUUCAUAUUUUUAAUGGUAAUCAGAGGUGCUUAGAUUGGAAAGCACCUUAAGAGUAAGCUAUGAGCUAUAGGAAUAAUGGCCUACCUUAUGGAACUUGUGUAAGGUUUACUAAAAUAAUGUGUGAAAAACUUGUGCAAACUAAUUGUUCAGUCUUGAGCAUCUUUACUCAGAGUUUAGUGUGGGUCUUACUCAAUAGUAAGUGGACUUCAUAUUGCAUAGUAUGCAUGUAUUUUUAAGUAAGCCUGGUUAUAAAAUGGUAACCUUUUCCCCAAAUGCUAGAAAAACAAAAUGUAUCCCAGGGAGUGGAACCGUGAUGCACAAUAUAGAGGAAGAGUGCUCAUUCAGCUGAAGACAGAAGAUGGCAAACUAUGUCAGCCUCAGUUUCCAACACGUGAGUGAGAUUAGCUUUCUUAAAUUAUACUUUUUGAACUAAAGACACCUAAGUGUAGGUACCCAGAAGGUGUGUGUGUACAUGCAGGGGUGGGGAGUCCUGCAAAAACCUUCCUUACAAAAAGGGGCUGCUAGAGGUAGUACUGCAAUCUUAUAGCCAUAUGUGACCACCUUCUAUUCCCUAGGGAUCACUGUUUUCCUAGUAAAAACAGUAGAUAUUUAUUCCCUGCCCCCUUGUUCCUGAUGUAGAUCUUCCCUCAACCCUUUCUCCCUGGCGGAGAGGGGGAAGCUAUUUUGUGGUUUGCCUCAGGUGCCAAAAUGUCUUGGGCCAGCUAGAGCCCUUGAUCAUUUUCAAAUACUUCUGUAAGCAUAAGUCUAAAUACAGUAGACAUACCUUAGGUUACUGUUCUGCCACCUUACUCCAGCAGGAUCCCAGUUCUCUUUGUGAAUGGAAGGGCCCCUUCCAUUCACAGAGGGCUCUUUCACAGCCAAACCCAACCAUGUUACUUGAGAUGGGUUCUUCUUUUUUGUAGCGAAGGAAUGUGUGUGCAAGCCACCCAUGUUUUGCUUGGCUGUACCCACUCUUGCCAUUACAGCCCCUGGAAGGUUAGUUAUGAGGGGUUUUGACCCUUGGGCUGAAAAAGGCUCCCCAUUUCUGCUUCAGGUGACUAGUUUUGGGUGGUUCCCUGUGUAACUUCCAGUUACUUUGUAAAUGCAGCAGCAGGGGUGGAAAAUGAAAGGGCUUUUUCAUUGUCUCUUCUCUCAUUUUUCCUUUGCCUCUGUCCCCACCCCCACCUUAGGUAAGGCAGUGAUGCUAUAUGCAGCAGAAACAAUUCCUAAACUAAAAACAAGGACACAGAAAAUGGGAAGCAGUGACCAAAGCCUACAGCAAGGAGAGGGAAGUAAAAAAGGUAAAGGAAAGAAGAAGAAAUGAGUGUGGCUGGUACAAAUGCAAUGUAUUAAGAUGAAUAUAGAUGAAGGGGAUUAUUGGCAUCUGAACUGAAAGUUGGGAGAAACAAAUGAGAACUGCAAAACUUUCUGGACUGGACUUCGUUUAACUUUUAUCUAAUGCUACAACAGAUCAAUUGGAAAUAUAUGGAAACAUCUACUUUAGUAUUUAUACUGAAAAGCUUGUCUAUUAAUGUGCAGAAAUACGUUAAAAAUGGAUACAGUCAAUACUUCAUAGAACUGAUUGACCUUGAUAUGGUCCAGAUUGGUAAAUAUAACAGAGGAAUAGGUUAAUUCAGUGUUGUAUGAUGCUUCUAAACUGAUUAUUCUCAUUAUUAAUAUAAACAACUCUUUGAAUCAAACCGUUUAGAAAGCACGGUCUUAAAACUUCCUCAGUCUAAAAUAACUGGUUUUAAUUGGUAUUUUAAUUUUACAUCUGAAUCACUCUAUAAUGGAGCUAGGCAAUCUGAAGACCCCUCAUGAAUGAGGGAUGUUGUAACAUUUGUUUAGACUACUUGUAUAGUAUUUGAAUAGUCUAAUGAAUGUGGAACGCAGACUACAGUCAGAUUUGUGUAUUCAACAAUAGUCAGAAGCUUAUCCAAUUUGUAAAAAUGUAAAGUGUAAACUAUUUUGAUGUUGCUUCUGCAAUGUUCCUGAUGGUUUAGCAUAUCUGUUAUAAUGCUUUUAGAGCAUGAUACAUAAUAGUAUAAAAAAAUUCACUUUUAAGAAAUUAUUGUAAUUGGAUUAAUCCAAAAGUACCUUGGGCCAAUAUAUGUAUACUCUUUCUGCUUAAAUGAACCUGGUUACCCAACUGCUACCUGAGACUAGCAUAAAUCAUAAUACAAAAUUAUGACACAUUUAAGUUGGUGAAUUGUUUAGCCAAAAGUCAUGAAUUCUUAACAGGAUUCGAGUAGCGAUACUGUGGCAGAGAAGUGUAAGUUCCUGUCAUAUCAAAUAUAUUAUAUUUUAUGCACAUAGUGCUGCUCCUCUGUUCCAGUUUUUCAGCUCUCGUGGUGCUUUGUGUCAUUCAGCCAAUUCGUCUUCAACUUUUCAGGGUUGAGCCCCACCUUUAGACCAAAGAUGCAUUUAUUUUUUUACCAUAUUUGUAUGGUUUUAGCGCUACUUCUGUGACCUGCCUUAAGUGAGGCUGCAAAUCAAUCGUGGGUCCUAACCUACCAGUUGAAGACCAGUAGUUUAGUCCUCAGUAUCAGAACCCACAGAGUGCAUAAUUUUAAAUUUGCAAAAUGUGAAAGUUUUGCCAAAUUCCCCUAGAUGGCAGCAAUGUUUAACACGACUUGUUCAGUGGAAAGCAGGACUCCUCUCAAGCAUGCUGUUAGACUUGCUCUCUUUUAAGUUUCCUUAGAGUAUUUUUUAAAAAUUGCCUUCUAGCCUAGGUAAAGGUAAAGGGACCCCUGACCAUUAGGUCCAGUCGUGGCCGACUCUGGGGUUGCGGCACUCAUCUUGCUUUAUUGGCCGAGGGACCCGGCGUACAGCUUCCGGGUCAUGUGGCCAGCAUGUCUAAGCCGCUUCUGGCGAACCAGAGCAGUGCACAGAAAUGCUGUUUACCUUCCCACCUUACCUAUUUAUCUACUUGCACUUUGACGUGCUUUUGAACUGCUAGGUUGGCAGGAGCAGGGACCAAGCAACAGGAGCUCACUCCGUCACGGGGAUUCAAACCGCCGACCUUCUGAUCGGCAAGUCCUAGGCUCUGUGGUUUAACCCACAGCGCCACCCGUGUCCCCCUUCUAGCCUAGUCUUGUCUUUAAACGAUUUAAGUCAUAUCAUGUUUGCAAAUACUGCUUUCUUGCUGUUGUCGUAUUUCCAAAAUGUCAGGGUGACACAAAGGACUUCUUUAUACAUUAUACAUUAUUUUACAAAAAGUACAUCUGUGUAGGGGAAAGUAUGUAAAUUGCCAAGAGGAGGGAUUUUUGUGUUAUCGGAAGAGGCUUAAACAUUGUGCUUUUACAGCAACUCCACAAUUCUUGACUUAAAAGGCCUAGUUAUAGAGAAACAUUUUUGCCUGACGCCCGAAGAUAUGUAAUGAAUGUGCCAAGCAAGCCUCCCUGGGAAGAGCAUUCCACAAGCAGGGAGCCACCACAAAAAAGGCCUUUUCUCAUUUUACUGCCCUCUGGAGCUCUCACAGAGAAGGUGCACAUAGCAGGACCUCGGAUGAUUAUUGUGGCAUCUGGGUUAAUUCAUAUGGGGAGAAGGUAGCCCUUGAGGUAUUGUGGUCCUGAGCCGUUUUAAGGCUUUAUAGGUAAAAACCAGCACAUUGAACUGGGCCUGGAAACUAAUUGGCAGCCAGUGCAGUGCUCCAACCGUCUUGCCCUGGUGAGCGAUCUGGCUGUCAAGUUCUGCACUAGCUCAAGUUUCUAAUGUGUUGCAGUAAUGCUGCUGCUUAGCUGACAGAACAACCUAAAAUGUUGACCCUAAGAAUCUGUUAGUGGCAUUUUUUGAAAUUUGUUUUCUGGGCCACCUGCUAUAUCAGUCCCAGAAUUCAACUUCUGACGCACAUUAGGAGGCUUCCUUGUGUUUGUUGUACCUUCUGCAUCUGUAUUUAAAGUGUGCUUUGCAUCUGUUUAAAGACUUGCCAGAAGCAUUCUGCUCAAGGGAGUUUACAAAAAAAAGAGUAAUCAGACUACAUAAAACAUCCAGUGUCAUCAUUUAGUGUUAUACUAAAAGAACCAAGCACAUUUAAAAUAUACAAUGAGAACUCUAUCCGAGUCAGUGGAAUUUAUAAAAUGAAUCCAAAUAUUUGUCUAAAGAAGGGAUGUUUUGUAAUGAUGGCUGGACAUGGGAUUACAUUUUCAUGAUACAUACCAACUCUUGCUACACUGAGGUCAAAGUCAAGCAACAUUCAUCAUGUGACAUUUUUACCAUUUCGGUUUCAUGUCACAUGACGAAUGUGAUGAUUCACGUGGUGGAAAACUGGUGAUUUUACUACAUUAAAAAGUAAAAUUAGAAUGUGGGGUUGAGCAAAGUAGCAUGGUUGCUGUUGGUCUGUUAGUCUUGCUUGAAUUCUGUUUUGUAAGGAGGGGAGAGGGCUGUUGAAUUCAGGUCCUGCUUGUGAGCUUUCUGUAGGCAUUUGCUUGUCAACUGAGAACAGGAUGCUGAAUUAGAUGGGCCACCGGACUGUUCCAGCAAAAGCAUAUGUUCUUAAGGAUUUUUUAAAGGGUUUUUUUUUUUGUCUCUUCUGCCCAAACUUCUUGAGGACUUGUGUUUCAAGUGCAGCUUACAGGGCUACCAUAAGCUAUGGCUGCUUCGGCCUCUUAAAAAGAGCAUCAGCAGGGAACUGAACAUUAUUAGACUCUGGAUAAAUAGCGUAUUUCAAAUUCCUUUUACUUUUCCCCAUUUGUGUUUAGUAUACAUAUCGGUCUCCCAUUUUCUAUUUUAUCUCUUAAUCAGAGGGGUUAAAAGCAAGAGGGUUGCCUUGGUCAGCUCUAAGGCAAAGGAGAGGAAUAAAAUGUUCCCCAUAAAUGCAAAUAUUUUAUCCCACAAAAAGAGAUAUGACCAAACAUUGAUGGUAUAAACUAUAUGAAACCCUCCACACCUCCCUCUACCCCCACUAGUGAAUUUUCUUAGCCCUUUUUACUAUGCAGACGAAGAGCUCAACUGCGAAGGUUUAGCCAGGUGAGUUUUUGCAAUAGUAUAUUGGAUGAAAAUGAAUUUUUGCAUAAUUCUUAAUUCCUCUACAUGCAGUGUGUAUAUCUUGUGUGAAGAAACGUAAAAAUCACAUUAGGUUGAGAUACUGUUCUUUAUUUGUUUGCAUUCUUCUACGUACAUUACAUCUUCAGCACAAGCUGGUAAGGUAUAUUAACUUUUUCAAGCACUUGACAAUAAUUUUUGAGUGUGGAUCCAGAGCUGCCCUUCUAUAAACAGAACACGUCCCAUUUGCGGAAGGGACUGAGAUCUGUCAGACAUACCUACUGCAGGAGGGUGGAUGGGGGAGGUGGUCUUACUGAUUUUCUUCUGCAAGCCCCCCUUGUGUCUACCCCCUAGUUCUGAAGGGUCCCCUAACCUUCACUAGCAGAUUUUGGGGAGGUACAGGUGGCUGUGAGGGGACCCUCUUCUACAAUGGCUCAAAGCAUCCUCUGGCUACAUCAAGUUCCGUGCAGUUUUUUGUAUGUGAUGGAUACAUUGAUGUAAGGCUGCUGAUACUUUGUUCUGCUAUGUUUGCAAAUUGAAGAGAUACUUUAAAUGUAUAUAUAACUAGAUUUUGUUUCUAUGUGAGGAUAAAUCAUCUGAGCUUCACAAAUUUACACUCGCUUGCACCUUGCCCUACAAUCUAUCUAAUAUGGCAGCAAUUUAAUCAGUUCAGCUUCCACAUAAAUUACUCAAAAGCACGUAAAAAUGCAAUAGAAAUAAAACAUUACAGCAUGCAAGACUGCUCUGCAGCUAAAAUGUUAGCAUCUUCUGACUCUUUCAGACUGGUUUUAAAUGCUUAUGAACAAACUUGAAGCCCACCAGUGUGGCCUUAUUUUGUCAUCAGUUUCAAGGUAGUUUAAAGCUGACACAAAUAAUUUCCAAACUAGAAACAUCUGCUAAGGGUGGACGCACUAGCUAAAUUGUUCCUCUGUUGUUACACAAGACCUUUAGCACCACUGGUGUUUCACGUUUGUAAUAGGCAGUAGCAGCCCUUUACAGGUCUACUACCAGAAUGGAACAAACUUGAUUGAGAAGCAUAUACAUCAACCAAGUGUUAACUACCAGCGCAUCAUUCCUUAAGGAUGUAGGGAUGCACAUUACCUCCCCCUUUACCUGCAUUCUGUACAUAUGUAUAUCAUGUGCUUGCUUGGAUGCACAUCAAAAGCAUUUGUAUCAAACAUAAGGUUUAAAAUACAGUACUCUGGCUUUCCUUUGCUGCUAAAUCUCGGUUAAGUCAAGGGGCAAGUCCUUUCCCUCCACAUCUCGCUACCUCAUUGCUGAUUUGGCAUUAAGUAGUGCUACCGUUCGGACAUUGGUCACCAAGAGAAAAGCAGUGCAGUUGACUUAUUUAGAAGAUAUGGUAGUGAACACUAGCUUUGAUAGUAUAGAGAAUAGGCUUGUUAUGAAUCUUACAUUUGAAAAAUGAAACCUUGGUAACAGGAACAGUCUGGCUACCAAAUAGGCAGAAGCUGGUUAUUACCAUUCUGUCUUGCUGGCAAGCUUGCAAGGGCAUGUGGCUGUUCCGUGGUAGAGGCAGAAUGCCAACCUAGAUGGCUGUCUUGACUGAACCAAGCCAGGCAUUACCUGUAUUGAUUAGUAUCUUUUCUACAAAGUUGCAAGGAAGCUCUUAGUUUCUUUUCUACAAAGUUGCAGGGAAGCUCUUUCGACUUUACGUGCAAAGCAGAUUUCAAAUAACCACCAGUAACACUCUGUGCCGAGCCCGAUAGGAAGGAAUGGAUGCUGAAGAGGGACAGUGUUUGGUAGAGUAUAUCAGGGUGCUUUCCAAAAUGGGGUUUAAAAUCAGGUCCAAACAGCGGUUUAAAAAAAUAAAUACGUAUACAAAUAUUAAAGAGGCCUGUUUUGGCAGAUACCCUGUUCACUGACUUCUGUUGCAACCACUUCGCUGCUUAGUGUUGGUGUGACUUGCUUUGCUUCUUCCACUAUCCCAAUUAAAAAUCUCAUGUGUAAUGAUAGCAUUUAUUUAUGCGAUACCUUCUUUCCUCAUUCUUUCUCUUUCACAUAGGUGUUAUUUAUCCCAGACACAAUAUCGCUUUCCGUUUUUGUCUCAUUACCUAUAAAUUCUUUUUAAAUUAUCCUAGAUAUUUUUCA